AUAUGCUGCUGGAGUUGUAGACACAGGGGUCGUUAAUGUGUGUUCAGCACUAAACUGCAUCCACAGCAUUUAGUGAAAAAAAAAGGGCGAUAUUUUGAGAAAGCUUACUAGAGAAAACAUCUCCUGAGUGGAAAGAAUCAGUUCUCAGCAAUGCAGUUAACCGUGUGCGAGUCCGUCGGUGUGUCUGAAACUGUAGCGAUGGAGCCUCCUCGGGCACAAGAGUUCCUGGAGUCAUCCAGUGCUGCAGGUGACAGCAAAGCAUCGCUUGAUGAUGGCCUCAUGGACACAGCAAAUGAGUCCUCAGAGGAAGAGUCCGCGGGGGAAAGGGAAGAGGAAACUGGUGUGCAUAACGAGGUCACCAGGAGCACCAAGCCCACAGUGGUCCCUGCAGACCAAAGCUCCAACACACAGCAGGUGAGCGCCCCGCGUCCAGACUCUCUGUCAGUGGGGGCGGCAGCGGAGCCACGUCUAUGGACGACACAUUGCGAUGGAGCGGUGAAGCUGAGGAUGGGAGACUCCGGCCUGGCGGCCGAGACUCCACUGACCAUCAACCAGAUGUUCACCUCGGCUGUGGAGCGCUUUGGCGACUUCGUAGCUUUGGGGUGGAAGGAGGGUGAGCAGCAGAAAACCAUGAACUACAGAGAUUACUACCAGACCUGUCGCAGCGCUGCCAAGAGUUUCUUGAAGCUCGGUUUGCAGCGUUACCACAGCGUCGGCAUCCUGGGCUUCAACUCUGCCGAGUGGUUCAUCGCCGACAUUGGGGCAAUUUUGGCUGGGGGCUUUGCUGUCGGCUUCUACACCACCAACUCACCUGAGGCCUGCCAGUAUGUAGCAGAGAACUGCAAGGCCGACAUCAUGGUGGUGGAGAACCACAAGCAGCUGCAGAAAAUCCUUCAGAUUGAAGACAAGCUUCCCCACUUGAAAGCCAUCAUCCAGUACAAAGAUACCCUCAAAGAGAAGAGACCAAAUCUGUAUACAUGGGCAGAGUUCAUGGAACUCGGCCGUGAAGAGUCUGAUGCUCGACUCGAUGCAAUCAUCUCCAGCCAGAAGCCGAACCAGUGCUGCACGCUCAUCUACACCUCAGGAACCACAGGCCAGCCCAAAGGAGUCAUGCUCAGCCACGACAACUUGACUUGGACCGCCCUCUCCACCAGCCGACACGUCAGCCUCACAGACGCCACUCAGGCUCAGGAGAUUGUGGUCAGCUACCUGCCGCUGAGCCACAUCGCCGCUCAGAUGGUGGACAUCUGGGUCACCAUGCGCGUCGGAGGGGCCACUUACUUCGCUCAGCCAGACGCCUUGAAGGGCUCUCUGGUGAACACGCUGAAGGAGGUGCGUCCCACGGCCUUCAUGGGAGUCCCACGUGUCUGGGAGAAGAUGCAGGAGAAGAUGAAAUCAGCUGGAGCCAAGUCUUCGACAGUGCGGAGAAAAGUGGCAGCCUGGGCCAAAGACGUGGGUCUGCAGACGAAUCUCACCAAGAUGAACCAAAACACAGCGGCGGGUCGAACUCCACUGGGCUAUCACAUUGCCAAAAAGCUGGUUUUCAAGAAGGUGCGUAAGGCCCUCGGGCUGGACCGCUGCACCAAGUGCUACACGGGCGCCGCACCCAUCACCAAAGAGACUUUAGAGUUCUUCCUCAGCCUCGACAUUCCCCUGUUUGAGCUGUACGGCAUGAGCGAGAGCACCGGCCCUCACACCAUCUCCCGGCCCUCCGCCUUCAAACUCACCAGUUGUGGGAAAGAAAUCCCGGGAUGCAAAACAAAGCUGCACAACCAGGACGAAGAGGGAAACGGCGAGAUCUGCUUCUGGGGCCGCCACGUCUUCAUGGGUUACCUCAACAUGGUUGAGAGGACCGAAGAGUCUCUGGACGCAGAGGGCUGGCUGCACUCGGGCGACCUGGGUAAACACGACGAGAAUGGAUUCCUCUUCAUCACCGGACGGAUCAAAGAGCUGAUUAUCACAGCAGGAGGUGAAAACGUCCCUCCCGUCCCCAUCGAGGAUGAAGUGAAGGAAGCCUUGCCAAUCAUCAGCAAUGCCAUGCUGAUCGGCGACAAGAAGAAGUUUCUCUCUAUGCUGCUCACCAUUAAGUGCCAAGUGAACCAGGAGUCGGGCGAGCCGGAGGAUGAACUGACGCCAGAGGCCGUGGAGUUCUGCAGAAAACUGGGCAGCAAUGCCACCCGCGUCUCUGAGAUCGCAGGCGGACGAGACCGCGCCGUCCACGCCGCCAUCCAGAAGGGUAUGGACAAAGUCAACGAGAAGGCGACGUCCAACGCUCAGCGCGUCCAGAAGUGGGUGGUUCUGGACCGGGACUUCUCAGUCGCAGGAGGAGAGCUGGGGCCGACCAUGAAGCUGAAGCGGCCGGUGGUGGCAAAGAUGUACAAGGAACAGAUUGACAACUUUUACAAGCAGCUGUCUCCGACGACUCCGACAACCCCGGACACCCCGCUGCCUCCCAAAUAGGCGCGCUGCAGCAGGCGUGGGGAGAUCCCAAUGGAGAAGAACCCGCUUAUCCCCUUCGUCUCCUCAUCCUCGCUGCCGUUUUGCUGUUGUACAUUUUGCCUUAAGUUGCAUUGGUUCUGUAUUGGUUAAAAAUUUUGUUUGUUUUACAGAGGAAAUCUGUGGGUAAGCCAUUGUAUAAAAAAGCUUUAUGAUUUUAAAUACAUUGUAAAAUUCAGCUAUUUAUUUGUGUUUCUGGGAGUCAUAUCAGAUGGAUGAAGUAGCUGCAGCUGUUUAUGAGAGAAGCUGUUUAUUGUACUGUAACGUCACAGUUGGAGAGAUGGUGAGAAUCCCCAAAAAUUCAAGUUACAUAAGGAAUGAUUUGUGUUUUUCUUAUUGUCUUAUUAUUUUGGGUUUGCCAAAGUUUACAUCUUGCCAAAUAAGCAUCAAAUGAAGAACCGUUUCUGGACAGACAUCAUAUGAACCUCCUAUAAUGAACAACUUCUUGUCGUUUCCAAGUUUGAUGUUCCUCUCAUUCAUUUUAAGCUAUGAUCUAAAGGAAGUUAUUUUUUUCCACUUGUGCUCAGAAAGCUGAAGGGUUCUGCAUUUAAAGCUAUAUCAUUACUCAGAAAAUGUCAUUAAGCCAUAUCUCUUGCUUUUUGUGCUUUUUGUGUUUUGGUCAGAAUGUGAAUUUCUGAUGUUUUUGUACUGACUCAUUUAAAUGCUGUAAUUUUGUGGAAUAUUGUAAAUAUGUUUCUCUUCAUUUGUUUCACUGGACUUCAUUUACUUGUAUUUUUGUUUCACCAUUUUAUUCUCGGAACCGCUCUGAAUGCACCGCCUCGGUUUUUGCACUCAAAUGAAGGCAAUGUGAUAUGUAUGUAAGGUAAACGUUAUUGUGGGUUUAUGGCAGAGUUAUGGGUUUAUGGCAGCUGGAUUCAACUUGUUCGUACUGCUGUGUCAAAGAAAAUCCCAAGUUUAUGAUCCCAUUCAGAUGUCUUCAGCCUGCUUUAAGACAUUUCACACAUCAUCAGGACAGAAAAUUCACUGUGGACAGCUGAUCUUGUAUAUGAAGUAGUUGUGUAUUAUAUCAUCACCAUAUUAUAGGACAAAUAUUUGUAGCAAUCCGAUGGCAAAGUGAUUAAUCACUGAAAGUAAAUUAUUUAAGCUAAAAGUUGAGGAAGUGACACGGAUUCAAAGCAUCUGAGCGAGUGACCUCUGACACCCGAUGAAAUCCAUUUGAAAAAACUUUAAAUGUAGAAAUCUGAAAUCUGCAUUGAAUGCACAAAGUGUAUCGCAUCUAUUUUUCAGUUACUGUUAAACUCAAAUGCUGCAGAGAGAAUUCACAACACCUCCGACAGAAAACUGAAUUUGCCUGAGCCUGAAGACAUGAACUAUAUCAGGGUUGAAGGACAGAAGUAUAAAUGAAGCGGUGUCUACCUGCUGAAAUUUGAAUUUAUGUGUCACUGGUUAUCAAAUAAAAGUAAAAUUAAUUUGAGCGUGGCAGUCUUC